GACUGGAAAAGUGCAAAAAUACCAGUGAAAAUUUAGUUUUUCAUCACAAAUUGCGUGAUUAGUGCUUAAGGAAGAUCUCUGAAUUGCAAUCACAUCAUGGAUUACGAGGAUAUUGUGAAUACAGAGGAGGUUUCUGCUCAACCAGCCGCGAACAAAGCGCUCGAAGAGCCACAGAGUGAGGCAAUUGAGGUGUUGAAUGUCUUGCAGGAGCGCAAAGAGACGGGAAAGCGCGGUCGAAAGCCGGGAAGGAAAGCGUCCACGGAGAAAAUUGACAUGAAGGCGAAAUUAGAGAGAAGCCGUCAGAGCGCCAGGGAGUGCAGGGCCAGAAAGAAACUUCGUUAUCAGUAUCUGGAAGAGCUGGUGUCGGAUCGGGAGAAGGCCGUGCUCACGCUCAGAAACGAAUUGGAGAGGUACCGUCAGCUGGCCCUGGAUCUGGACGCUGGCCGAGUGCCGGACAAUCUGCAGGCCAUCCUGGAGGAGAUGGGAGCCGUGAAGCACGAGUAGCGGGCGACGCUGACGAGGUAUUUUUCCCCAAAAAUGCAUUGCUAAACUGCGCGCGUUCAAAUGUGUGUCUAUCCGAUUGAAUUAUUGUAAUUAUUUUUGAUAUGUUCAACCUGAGAAGAGAGAUAAUAUAUUUUUAUGGCUCUACUCCUUGACCUGCGAUGCUCUCUGGCUUGAGUCUGAGCCUCGAGAAUCUUCGAAAUUCCCUGUUAGUCUUCUGUGAUCCUUCCAGAAAGUAUUUGUGUGGCAUCAUAAAAGGCAUUUUCUUCAGUUUCUCUUUCAGUGCUUAAGAUAAUACUUUUGGCGACUACAAGAAAGAGAACAGCAAAGCUGAAAAAUCCCUUCUGGAUUAUGUAAAAAUCCUACAAAAUCAUGCAUUUAAA